GUUAGUGUGUGUCUCCCCACCCAUCCCAUGAUAGUUUAAGACCAGUGGCGAAAACUAUCCAUUGCGCUUAGAUAUUUAGUCUUUUCAAGUCACAGUUUUACUUACUUCACAAUUUUACCUCGACCUAUCCACAAGCACCAUGUUGAGGAUUGCAGUUUUGUUACUGUGUGUUGCGGUGAUUCAAGGAGCUACGUUUGCCAGACGCUUCGUCCCAGGCGAGUCCCGGAUCCUCUCUGAUGGGACUGUUUGUGAGGGUAGCCGGAGGUUGAAUGACCAGUGGCAGACACCUGGCAAGUGUAACAAGUGUACCUGUCUUCAGUCGGGGCAAUCUGUGUGUGAAAGUUGCGGUGUGUCAGUGCGGUUACAAGACACCACCGGGAAGUUCUUCUGUUACCGCUCGGCAACCACAUACCCUGGCUGUUGUGAUGACGUCAUAUGUCAGGGAGACACAAGGUUCAACUUCAUGGACUUCCUGAGAUCCGCGUCACUGUAGGCGGUGACGUCGUGAUGACACCGUGCAGUGAGGGCGCCGUUGCUGAAUGGUCUACCACAUUUUGAAUAAGUCAUAAUAUUUUCUACCUUUUGAUGGAAUAAACGUAUUCAUGUGCCAA